AAGAGAGAGUCAUUUACUUUAGAGAAGAUGACAAUCACAUCAAAGAGCCCUUUGGUCGUGGCCUUUGGGGAAAUGCUGAUCGACUUCGUCCCCGACAGCGCCGGCGUUUCCCUGGCUGAGUCCACCGGAUUCCUCAAAGCUCCCGGUGGCGCUCCGGCCAAUGUGGCCUGCGCCAUCACCAAACUCGGGGGUAACUCCGCCUUUAUCGGCAAGGUGGGAGAUGAUGAGUUUGGGCACAUGCUGGUGGACAUACUGAAGAAGAAUGGGGUGAACAGUGAGGGAGUGUGCUUCGAUGCGCAUGCAAGGACGGCGCUGGCGUUCGUGACGCUGAAGAAGAAUGGGGAGAGGGAGUUUAUGUUUUACAGGAACCCUAGCGCGGAUAUGCUGUUGACGGAAUCUGAGCUGAACAUGGGGCUGAUCAAGCAGGCCAAGAUCUUCCAUUACGGAUCCAUAAGCUUGAUAUCGGAGCCAUGCAGAUCGGCUCAUAUGGCAGCCAUGAAAGCUGCUAAGGAGGCCGGGAUCUUGCUGUCGUAUGACCCCAAUGUCCGGUUGCCUCUCUGGCCGUCAGCUCAGGCCGCCAUUGAUGUCAUCAAGAGCAUCUGGAACCACGCUGAUUUUAUUAAGGUGAGUGAUGAUGAGGUGGGUUUCUUGACACAAGGAGAUGCAGAAAAGGAAGACGUGGUGCUGUCACUGUGGCAUGACAACCUCAAGCUGCUUGUGGUCACUGAUGGUGAGAAGGGUUGCAGAUACUUCACCAAGGGGUUCAAAGGGAGAGUGGAAGGCUUCUCAGUGCAAACAGUUGACACAACAGGGGCUGGUGAUGCUUUUGUGGGUGCUCUUUUGGUUUCCAUUGCCCAAGACCCUUCCAUAUUUCAGGAUGAGGGGAAACUGAAGGAGGCACUGAAAUAUGCUAAUGCAUGUGGAGCAAUUUGCACAACUCAGAAAGGAGCAAUACCAGCACUCCCAACCAAUUCAGAUGCACUUGACCUUGUUAACAAAUCCAAGGCCAAAUAGACGAUACCGUUUCCUCUCUUUUCUAUAUUGAUAUAUCUAUGUUCUUCCUU